AUGAAGCCCAAGGUAUUCUUACAAGGUUAUUAACCUAUUCCUGACGUACAUACAGUAGGGUAUUCCACCCCUUCCUUUCAUAGAUUUUUGGAUUGUGCAGUGUGUGACUACAAAUUAACUUUACCCAUAAUGCAGCUCCUAACAAUAACGUUUCAUUAUUUUAUUCUCUGCAGUGGCGCCCCAGACCAACCUGUUCCCCCAAAAGAAGGUCCAGUCAGGCAUGAUGAGUGCCAGCCUGGUGCAGGCCAGUGUGGCCACCAUGCAGAACCCCAUGGGCUGCACCGUUCCCCGGCUCUCUCCGUCACGGCCCGCCAGCAUGGUGGCCAGCAUGGAGGCGGUGGGUGAGGACGGCUCGCCGCUUUUCACCGUCAUGAAGUGGAAGACAGUAGUGGCGGUGUUCGUGGUCGUGGUGGCCUAUCUGGUCGGGGGAGGUUUGGUGUUCCGGGCCCUGGAGCAACCAUUCGAGAGCAACCAGAAGGUGACCAUCACUGCGGAGAAGGCGGCAUUCCUGCAGAAACACCCCUGUGUCUCACCGGCAGAGCUGGAGGCGCUCAUCAAGGUAAGGAAAGACAGCAGCAGCCACUAG